GGCCUGGGGAGUUACAUAAGGGCACUUUAGUAUAGGAAGUCGGAAUGGCUUACACCGGGAUAGAGCUCAGAGCAGGCAGACAGCACUCAGCCAGAGAGAGGAGGUUAAAAACAGAGUAGGAGAAGGGAGAGAACAUUUUGGGCCUAGACAAAUAUUCUAGGAGAUAGGGAUAGUAAGAAGGGAGUAAGAUCAUAUAGUCAAAUAUUACAGAGAGAGAGGGGGGGGGGGGGGGGAGGGAGAGAGGGAGAGAGAGAGAGAAUAAGAACAAGGAGAGGUAGAGUAGACAGAACUAGUUUGAGAGCAGACACCGGAAUCUACAGCAGCUAAGGUAGAGACAGAUCCCAUAUACUCUUCUGUGCUUUUCUUGUCUUCAGCAGACAUGAGAUACAGAGAAAGCUAUUUAGGAUAAACAAAAUAAAAGUGAGAGAUCUUGCAUAGAGAGAGAGAGAGAGAGAUGUUAGAAAGCUAGAGUGAUACAGAGAGAAGAACAAGCAAGUCAACUUUCUGUGCAUACUGACAAAGAGGACCAACCACUCCAAGAAGAUAAGCAGAAUACCGGACUUAAACACUUUUACGUUCUUGGGCUCCCUGUGGUCUUCUCUUGGUCUCCUUGUGGUCUGCUUGUGGUUCUGCUUCCUCGUGGAGGAAUUUGAAGUCAUGGCUGGGAAAGAAGAGCUGUCGUACAACGAGGCCAUCGCGGCAGCGGGUGACGCAUUCCACCGCUUUCCCCUGAUCAAGAUCCAAGGGGUCCCUCUCAUGUGCCACAUUGUCCACAACUGGGACUCUAUCUGGUCCUUCUGCCCCGAUCCCUCUGAUCUCCUCAUUGCCACCUACCCCAAAGCAGGAACCACGUGGACCCAGGAGAUUGUGGACCUGCUGCUUAACAACGGAGACGCAGAGGUCGCAAGGAGAGCACCCACCUCCUUCCGAAUCCCAUUCCUGGAGAUCCACUCCCCCCCGCCCAUCCACUCUGGCUUGAGCCUCCUUAAAAACAUGGACCCCCCAAGGGUCAUCAAGACCCAUCUGCCUUUCAAGUUGGUGCCCGAAGGGUUCUGGAAAAACAAAUGCAAGGUUAUCUAUGUUGCAAGGAAUGCUAAGGACAACCUGGUCAGCUACUACCACUUUGACCGCAUGAAUCUAACCCAGCCUGAGCCUGGACCGUGGGACGGCUACAUCCACAAGUUCAUGAAUGGAGAACUGGCAUGGGGGUCCUGGUACGACCAUGUGAAGGGUUACUGGGAGGAACGAGAGAAGAGGAAUAUACUCUACAUUUUCUAUGAAGACAUGAAAGAGAAUCCUCAACGAGAAGUGGAGCGCAUCAUGCACUACCUUGAUCUGUCGCUCGCAGAUGAUGUCAUCAGCCGCAUUGUGGAGCUGACCUCCUUUAAGACCAUGAAGGAGAACCCGAUGGCCAACUACUCCUUUAUCCCCAAACCAGUCUUUGACCAGUCCAUCUCCCCCUUCAUGAGAAAAGGUGUAGUAGGUGAUUGGACCAAUCAUUUCUCCCCUGCCCAGACACAACUGUUUGAUGAAGACUACAAAAGAAAAAUGAAGGAUGCUGACAUCCCUUUCCGGACUGACAUCUAGCGGGAUUUUCGUCUCUGUAUUUCCAACACAAUGCAACUGGGCAGACUUUUACUAUAUGAGGUCCGAAUCACUAACAGUUGAACGUUUUCCAAUGACGUGGGAUUUGUGAGAAGCCAAAGGAAAGUAUCAAACACCCAUUAUUGCUUAGAUAUAGACCAUUUAUUUGAAUGUUUGUCCGCUUAUGCAGAUGUACUGUUGAGAGUAAAUCAUUGAUUUUAUGUCUUGAAAAUCAGCCCUUUGUUAAAAAAAUUGUCAAUAAAAUGUGCUUCACAAUGCAUCAUUUGUAGUGAUCACUUUGUUCAUUCAUGGUAAAGAUAUAAUACCUUAAGUGUUGUGAGGGAACUUGUCCUUUGUUUAAUGUCAUGGACAACCUUCAGCACAGUACUUCUCUCCUACACUGGACUGAUGUAGAGCACAUGGGGGCAAAGACCCGGAUAAAGUAAUGAGUAGUAGUGAAAUGUAACACAAGUUGGAUUGUGGUGGAGAAACUGAACAAAAAAAAAAA